UUGAAAAGGUAAAAAAAAAAACAAAAAAAAAAAACCACAUAUGAAAACCUGGGAUGUGACUGAAGUUAUAUAUACUCUGAGGUAAAUCCAUAGUCAUAAAUUCUUUCAUUAUUAGACAUUUUAAAAUGAAGAUAAAAAUUAAGCAUCCAAGGCAAGAAGUUAGGGGGAAAACCACCUCAAAGCAGGAAAGAAAACAAUAAAUAUCUAAGCAGAAAUUAAUAAAUUAGAUAAUCCAAAAACUAGUAUUAAAUCUAGAAAAUUGGUUUUUAGAAAAGUGCCAUCAUAUUUUAAAAACAUUAGACUCGUUCUAUUUUAAGAAAAUAGGAAAAAUGUAUGGAUAGGAAAGCAAGUGGGCAGAGUCAAAAUUAAGUACUUUUUUUCCUCAGUACAUUCUGAAGUCUUGUAAAAUUUAAACAUAGAAAUACUGCAGUUUGUUUUGGCAAGUGGUUUACUUGAAACCAUUCCAAUCAGAAAACAAGACAGCCAGCAGGUAAUCCUUAAACGUUAAUCCUUUUUUCUGUCAGAAGACAUUUUGGCUAUGGAGUGUAAGAUAUCUUAAUGUUUGAUACAUAUUUUCAUCCUAAGAGAAUUUAGAAAGCUUUUAUGGUCAUUUUUUCUGCGGGUGUGUAAUAACCCACUCUGAAAUUUCACUGCCUUAUGUUCUACUUCGGUUUUGAUUUGAAGUGGGUGUCAUUUUUUUCUGCACUCAUCUGGAGGCUUCAUUUUGAGUUUAGUGUGCAUUUGCUGCUGAUGUUUGCUUAGUACUAUGUUUGCCCAAUUUUUCUAAACCAGUCUAGCUUAGUGCUUUUUCCAGAACAUGUGCUCAAUAUAUAUUUGUUGAAUUAUAUAGGCUCUCAAGUAUCUGAAUGCUUUUGCUUAAUAAUUUAUUUUAAACAAGAUUUUUAUAGUUUUCAUGUUCAGAUAAAUUCUUGGGUUUUCUAGAUUAUUCAUCUCAAAGAAAUUUUAUUAUUGACAUUUGCUUUAAUAUACACAAAAUUAAAGGUGAGUAUGAAACUGCUUAAAUAUUUUUUCAAAUAUAGGUUUCUAGGAUUACUAUUAUGAUUUUUCAUUAACUUGGGAAUUUCUGGAAUAAUUUGCAAAAAAUAAAGAUAAUUUUACUGUGUAGAUAGUUUUCUUUCCUGAUCUGAAGCCAGUAGUAGGACAAGAAUAGUUAGAUUUUUUUUCAGUGUAGUGUAGACGUAUUCAACAUUUAUGCCUUCUUUAAGGAGACAGCUCGCUGCUAUAAAACUUCUGAUGCCUAAAAAAUAAAUCUUUACGAAAGUAGACUAAACACAGAAAUUCAAACUGAGGAGUAAAACCAGUAUGAAAUAGCUAGUCUAGAUAACCUUUUCAUAACGUUUUCUUGUCCACUAUAUAAGUCUUUGAUUUCUAUACUAAUGUAAUUGAAAUACUGCCAGAAUCCGCUGCUUACUUAACAUAUUGUCUGUAUGGGCUUUAUUAUGAAGAAUUGUGAGACUGUUUCAGUAUCAUAACAUUGCUUUUCAGGUCUGAAAACAACAGAUGCUACAUUUUGAUGUAUGAUACUGGAGGCCCCAAAGUCACAAUAAACAACUUCUAAAACCAAACAGAACUGUAACUAUAGGAGAAGGUUUGCUAGUCUGUUCCUACUAGUGACGUCUUCUGUUUGUGCAGCUGUUGACUGCAGCAGCUUUUCUUUUUUCUUGUUUCUUGCUAAAAACAAAGGAUCAUUUCAGUGUUUGUGAGUUUUAUUGUUAAACUGAUACCUAGAAUAGCACUUAGAAUAGAAACCAAUAAAAACUUUAUAUUUGCGGGUAAGUACUUUGUAUAUGUGCAUACAUUAUUCAUAAAUUAUGCAUGACACCUCUUGAGCAGUGUGGGUUGUCUAAGUUUAUAAAACUCUUAUUAUAAAGUGGAAAGCGGGGUGGCGUAGUGGUUAAGAGCGACGGCUGCUAACCAAAAGGUCAGCGUUCGAAUCCACCAGGCGCUCCUUGGAAACCCUAUGGGGCAGUUCUACUGUGUCCUAUAGAGUUGCUAUGAGUCCGAAUCGACUUGACGGCAACAGGUUUGUUUUUUUUUUUUUAAAUAAAGUACAAAUGAAACUGGGCAUAAAACAUCUGAGUAAGAAUUUGAAUAUGUUGUUACCCCAGUAGUUUAUAAGUUAGUGGGGGUUUUUUGGUCAGGAAGGUGUUAUUUUUAAAUUAUCUUGUUUCUUCAUAAUUGUGUUAGUACUGUUCCUUUUUUCAUCUUAGACUGAGAAUUUGGUGUACCCAUAUUCCUUGCUUCAAAACAAACCAGAAAACAAAAAAUCAACCCUAAUGUCUAAUGGCACAGUACCUGGCAGUGUUUCGUUCUGUUGUACAUAGGGUUGCUAUGAGUUGGAACCAAUUUGAUGGCACCUAACAACAAGAAAUGUCUAGUAUUCCAGAUUUAUAAAACUGCUCAGCGUUCUCAUGUUCAAAACAAUUUUUUAUUUUUAGAGAAAUUCCUAAAAAUUGCAUUUUUGGUGCAGUUAAGACAUGUCUUUAAGAAAUGUCACCUAAAUUCCCCAUCUUCAUAUGAAUAUGUAUGAACUAUAUAAAGCCAGUUUCCAUUAUUUGUGAAUUAUUGUUGAAAAUAAACUUUUUUCUUCUUCUACUUAAAGAGACUUUUGUUAGAUUGAUAUCUUAUACCUUAUAUAAGUAAGCUUUGGUUCUAGUAUAUAUCACAGAAAAUUACUAAUAUUAAUAUUGUUUGAAGGUGUUUUUGCUUUUUGUGUUGAAAUUCAACAAACAACCAUUAGUUACAAGUAUUUGUGUUAUUACUAUAUAUACUUCAGAUUUUGGUUAAUAGUACAAUUGUAGACUUUAAAGUUAAAUCUAGUAGGGAGCAAGUACGUUGAAUUAAUACUGCUGUGUAGUUCAACUUUCUUCUUUUUACCUUUUUUAUAGGAGCAUUUCUGAAUAUUUACUGUGGCUUGCUUUUAGAGAACUUUAUUUUUCUAAAUAAAGGCUAUAUAUUGAGCGUAGCAAGUCAUGUCUUUAUAUUUUCUUGGACUUGUUACUGAGCGCUUUUGUGAAAAACAUGCUGGGAAUUUAUUCUGGAAACUAUAGUUUGAUGGGAGUUUCUAAUAAAUACCACCCUAGUGGGUUUGUUGGGGAAAAAUUCUGAUUAGUACCCUUGCUUCAAGGUAAUUGAUCCUAGUGGUUCACACUUGCUUGGUUUCAUUAUAAAGUUGUGUUUUAAGUAAUAUCUUUUUAGAUUGUAAUACUUAUGUGAUUUCUUUUAUGAGUUGGAAUCGGCUUGAUGGCAACGGAGUUGGUUUUGGUAUGUGGUUUCUAUUGUUCUGCUUUUAUUGCAGAACGUACCUAUAGAUUUUUUCUGUUUUUAAUUUUAAACUUGUUAAGUGUAACAAAUAUAGAUAACUACAUAAAACGGUCUACAACUUAAUGAAUUAUAAGGUGAGCACCCUGUUAGUAUCACCCAAGUUAGGAUAUAAACUUUCCUGGGCACCCCAUAAUCUCUCCAGAUGCCUCCUCCCAAUCACAGUUCCCUCUUUCCUGUCCAAGACUAACCCCUGUGGUAACUUUCACGGAUCUUGUUUAUUUACUUUUCUUUAUGUUUGUCAUUGACAUGUGCAUCCUUAAAUGCUAUGAUUUUUUCUUUAUCUGUUUUUUAAGUCUGUAUAUAUCAUUAGAAGAAAAGAUGCAAACAAAAUAGAGUACAUAUUAUGAAUCACUUUAGUUUGCUCAGAUUGUUUAUUGGGAAACUGAAGUAGUACUCAUUUUUUUUCCAAUUUAACUGUGAACCGAAGUUGUAUCCCCUUAUGGUAAGCAUAUUUUCUUUCAUCUUAGACAUUUUCCUUCCUUUUAGUUUGACAAUAUUAAUCUAAUUUCCUGAAACUGGACAGAAAUAGAUUAUUUUUUCUACUAUUCAAACAAAUAGAAAGUAAUUAUCUUUCAGAACUGUAGUGAUUUUUUCCCCCUAACAAAAUUAGUUAGCACAUUGUUUUGUCUGAAGAGCUAGAUUUCUUACUACCAGCUUUAUUUUUGGACUCUGAGAUAUGACUUCCUUGUACUCUUGAUUGUUUUACCAGAUUUGAUUAUGUAAGAAAUGAUUUCAUUGAAAUGUGGUAACCUUUUAUAAGUUUGUCCUUAUUUUAUUUGAUGACUUCGUGUAAAAUAAUUUGAUCAUUGUUCAGUUAUUUUAAAUUAACAUUGCUGUUCCUUUUGAAUGUUUUGUGAAUCCUGGGAAGAGUCCUAAUUACUGUUUGUGAAGAUGAACUCUUCUUUUGUUAAAUUGUGAAUUUGUUAUCAGAGUUUUUUGCUCAUUUGUUAUUAAUGCAUCUCACCUUCUCAUUGAAGAAUGUCAAGCUGUCAGCUGAAGUAGAGCCAUUUAUUCCCCAGAAGAAGAAUCCUGAUACAAUUAUGAUCCCUGUGGCACUCCCAAAUGAUAAUGGAAGUGUUUCUGGUGUUGAACCAACUCCAAUUCCCAGCUACCUGAUUACUUGUUACCCAUUUGUGCAGGAAAACCAGUCCAAUAGACAAUUCCCCUUAUAUAACAGUGAUAUACGAUGGCAACAGCCCAAUCCAAAUCCUGCUGGACCAUACCUUGCUUACCCCAUUAUAUCUGCUCAGCCACCUGUUUCUACAGAGUAUACGUAUUACCAGCUGAUGCCAGCACCAUGUGCCCAGGUUAUGGGUUUUUAUCAUCCUUUUCCUACACCUUACUCCAAUACCUUUCAGGCCACAAAUACUGUAAAUACUAUAACCACAGAAUGUACUGAGCGUCCAAAUCAGCUUGGACAGGUCUUUCCACUGUCCAGUCAUCGAAGCAGAAACAGUAACAGAGGACCAGUGGUACCAAAACAGCUUUUACAACAGCACAUAAAAGAACACGGGAAACUGGUGAAAAAUGUAGCUACUCAAAAAGAGACAAAUGCAUCAGGUCCUGAUAAUCGAUCAAAAAUUGUGCUUCUGGUAGAUGCUUCACAGCAAACUGAUUUCCCAUCAGAUAUUGCCAACAAGUCUCUCUCGGAGAGCACCGCCACAAUGCUUUGGAAGUCAAAAGGCAGGAGGAGAAGAGCGUCCCACCCCACUGCAGAAUCCUCCAGUGAGCAGGGGGCUAGUGAAGCUGACAUUGACAGUGAUAGUGGUUACUGCAGCCCUAAACACAGCAAUAACCAGUCUGCGGCAGGAGCUUUGAGAAAUCCUGAUUCUGGGACCAUGAAUCAUGUGGAAUCAUCUGUAUAUUCAGGUGAUGUAAAUUGGUCCAAUGUAACUUGCCAGGCAACUCAGAAAAAACCUUGGAUGGAAAAACAUCAGACAUUUUCUAGAGGUGGAAGGCAAACUGAACAAAAAAAUAAUGCACAGGUUGGAUUCAAAUGUCGAGGGCAUAGUACUUCCUCAGAAAGAAGACAAAAUUUGCAAAAGAGACAAGAUAAUAAACAGUUAAACCCCAGUCAGUCCUACAGAGGUGACCCAAAUUCUGAAUCUUUAUAUUUUGAGGAUGAAGAUGGGUUUCAAGAACUAAAUGAGAAUGGAAAUGCUAAAGACGAGAAUAUUCAACAAAAACUUUCUUCAAAAGUAUUGGAUGAUUUACCUGAAAACUCACCAAUCAAUAUAGUUCAGACUCCAAUUCCUAUUACAACCUCUGUUCCCAAACGUGCAAAGAGUCAGAAGAAGAAAGCUUUAGCAGCAGCCCUUGCUACAGCUCAAGAAUAUUCAGAAAUAAGUAUGGAGCAAAAAAAAUUACAGGAAGCUUUAUCAAAGGCAGCUGGAAAAAAGAAUAAAACUCCUGUGCAGCUAGAUCUGGGGGACAUGUUGGCUGCUCUGGAGAAACAACAGCAGGCAAUGAAAGCACGGCAGAUCACCAACACCAGACCCCUGUCGCAUACAGUGGCCACUGCAGCUUCUUUUCACACUAAAGACUCUGCCAACAGAAAACCUUUAACCAAAAGUCAGACCUGUUUGACAUCCUUAAAUUCUUUAGAUGUUACUUCCUCCAAAGCCAAAAAAGGAAAAGAGAAGGAAAUUGCAAAACUAAAACGACCUACAGCACUUAAAAAGGUUAUUUUGAAAGAAAGAGAGGAAAAGAAGGGGCGCUUAACUGUGGACCACAGUCUUCUGGGAUCUGAGGAACCAGUAGAAAUGCACUUAGGUUUUAUUGAUGAUUUGCCACAGGAGAGUGUUUCCCAGGAAGAUACUGGACUGAGCAUGGCCAGUGACGCGUCACUGUCUCCAGCAAGUCAGAACUCUCCGUAUUGUAUGACUCCCGUGUCACAGGGCUCUCCUGCUAGCUCUGGGAUAGGCAGUCCCAUGGCGCCUUCAACAAUAACCAAAAUCCACAGCAAAAGAUUCAGAGAGUAUUGUAAUCAGGUUCUAUGUAAAGAGAUUGAUGAAUGUGUGACUCUUCUUCUCCAAGAGCUUGUCAGUUUCCAGGAACGCAUUUACCAGAAGGAUCCUGUAAGAGCAAAAGCAAGGAGACGACUGGUUAUGGGCCUCAGGGAGGUUACCAAACAUAUGAAGUUAAACAAGAUCAGGUGUGUUAUAAUUUCUCCAAACUGUGAAAAAAUCCAGUCAAAAGGUGGCUUGGAUGAGGCUCUCUAUAAUGUUAUAGCCAUGGCACGGGAACAAGAAAUUCCUUUUGUGUUUGCCCUUGGGAGAAAAGCUCUGGGACGCUGUGUGAACAAGCUGGUUCCUGUUAGUGUAGUGGGAAUCUUCAACUACUUCGGUGCUGAGAGCUUGUUUAAUAAGUUAGUAGAACUCACUGAAGAAGCUAGGAAAGCAUAUAAAGAUAUGGUUGCAGCAAUGGAACAAGAGCAGGCUGAGGAAGCCUUAAAGAAUGUGAAGAAGGUGCCACACCACAUGGGACAUUCCCGGAAUCCUUCUGCAGCAAGCGCCAUUUCUUUCUGCAGUGUUAUUUCUGAACCCAUCUCUGAAGUAAAUGAAAAGGAAUAUGAAACAAAUUGGAGAAACAUGGUGGAAACUUCAGAUGGGCUGGAAACAUCAGAAAACGAGAGAGAGGUUUCCUGUAAGCACAGCACAUCUGAAAAACCCAGUAGAUUUCCAUGCGACACAACCCCUGUUGGUAAGCAGGCAUCGCUAGUGACUGCAGGCAGCACUACCUCAGCCACAAACCCUGGAAACUCUACAGCAAGCGACAAAGAGGAAGUGAAGCCAGAUGACCUGGAGUGGGCCUCACAGCAGAGCACAGAGACCGGCUCUUUGGAUGGCAGUUGCCGAGAUCUUUUGAAUUCCUCCAUCACCAGCACCACUAGUACUCUUGUACCUGGCAUGCUUGAAGAAGAGGAUGAUGAAGAUGAGGAGGAGGAGGAAGAUUAUACUCAUGAACCCAUAUCUGUAGAAGUGCAGCUCAAUAGUAGAAUUGAGUCUUGGGUCUCAGAGACCCAGAGAACUAUGGAAACCCUUCAGCUUGGAAAAACCCUUAAUGGUUCUGAGGAAGACAAUGCAGAACAAAGUGGAGAAGAAGAAACAGAGGUGCCUGAGCCACUGGAGCCAGGGAUGGAUGGUGAGGCAUGGACUGCUGACCAACAAGCCAGUCGUGAGCAGCAGAAGCCCAGCAACUGCGGUUCGCUGAACAAAGAGCACGCUGAUUCUAAUUAUACACCCCAAAAUAUGUAACUCAGGAAUGUCAGCUAUCUAUUCCAACCGUGUAAGGGUUGCAGCCAUUACCUUUUAUGCUUCAUCUCAACAUUUUGCACUGUUCAGUAUUUAAUAUAUGUAUUUAAUUCCCAACAGAAAUAUUUUUGUAGCUGUCUUUUACUUGUUUUGUUAUAAUCUGUAGUUUAGCUUUUAAUUAGCAUCUUAAAUGUCUUUCUAAGAACUAUGUGUAAAAUUCAGACCCAUUUCAGCUUAUUUUGUAAUGGAAAAUAGUGAUUAAAAAAAAAAAAGACCAGGUUUUAAAGAAAAUAAACUUAAAAUGCCUAGACUUAUUUUGGAAGAUAAAGAUGAAGGGUCUAAGGAUAGGAGCAGGUACCAGUGUUCAAGGCUUCAAGACUGUGACUCCUUCACUCUAAUUUGUCUGGACUAUAAAGUUGUUUGGGCUUCUUUAAAAAAGAACUGUAGGUAGAAUCAGAAAACUAAUAAAAAUUAGAAAACUAAAAAUUGAUGCAACUAUUAUUUGAUUUACAAACGUUUGUUUCGGAAGUCACUAAUCAUUGUGAUAGAUUCAAAUUGGGCUGGGCCUAACAGAGCCUCCAAAACUUAGGCUAGCCAAGGAAGCCAGGCACUGUGAUCAAUUGUAACUGGCUUUAUUUGUGGAAAGUGGUAGAUGUUGUCUGUAAUAGUGAAAAGUCACCCCUGAUGGGAUCUUUUGAAGUUCUGUCUCAUAUUUGCUUCUUUCUUACCUCAGGAAAGUUCUUGUACAUAGUCUUAUUUACACAAAACUAGGCAAAUUUUGGCAGGUGAAUAACUGAUCAAUUGUAUGACUGCAGAACUUACAUGUAUGCUGUCCAGAAACAAAGCUUUUGUACUGGUGUAUUCUCUUGCAUGCUUCCGAUUUGGGAUCCUUUGGAUUUGAUAUAUGGCUCUGAUUUGAGUAUCCGAACUGGUCCCAAGUGAGACAGUUUCAUCUUAUCUUUAAUGUAUAUUUGUUCCUAGCCUUGAGCACGUUUCACAUAACAGCCAUAGUUAUUGACAGGCAGUCAGGAACAGGAACUUAACUUACUACGUGUAUCCUGAUAAUUCAAGGGUUGGAUGAGAAAGUGUUAGAAGAAAGGAGAAAGUUCUAAUUGUGCUGAAACUAUUAGGUGAUCUAGAGUGUGCAGGUAUAUGUAGGUAUUGUUAUCACUAUUACUUAUCUCUUCCCUUCGCUGGGAAUGUGUUUGCCUGCUUGAGUGAAAUUAAACUUACUGAGCUAAAUGUAGUAUUUGCUAGUCGGUCACCAGCUGGACUUUAGUGACCUUUACAAGUUUAUGUAAUGGUGGGAGAAUUACAAAUUACCUAUUUUUCUAUCUUCCCUCUGACUGCCCCCCCCCCCAACUGACCACACACACGCAUACACACAGCCCAGCUUUCCACUUACAAGCUCUCAUAAGCAGACGCAAAACCGAAAAUGAAAGGGAUAUUUUCCCUGCCUGGUUAUAUGGGGCAGGGCCUUUUCCUCACAGAGGCAAAAGAGGAGAAAUGGCCAGAUUAUUGACUGAGCUCAUUGGGACUACUGUGUUAGUUUUUGGUGUUUUACAACGCUGGCAUUUAACUGCUAGAGAGCGCAGAUUCUUGGUUAAUGAUUUAGGAUUUGUGAAUUGUGACAGUUUAAGAGCAUUGCUGUGUAGAAAAUGUCACUCGGUCAACCUUACUAGCAUACCAAGAGGGGACAUUAUUGUACUGUCUAGACUAAACUAUUCUCUAUAAUAGACUUCUUAGGUACCAAGGAUCCAGCACUUAAAGGAGUGCAGUGUGUAAGGAAUGAAGCCUCUGAAAUAGUAAUCAUGGAUUUAUAUGUGGCAGAUCUUAUUGUAUCUACAUGUUUGGAAGUGUUAGUUGGUUUAAAUGAUAGAGAUUUUGAACUACUGACAUUCUUAAAAGUGAAUUUAAAAACUUUUCAUACUUUUUAUGGUGUAAAUUUCCUUGACUGAGUGUCAGUAAUUCAGAUAACUCUUGAUCUUGAGGUAAUGGCUUUUCAAAGGUUUCUUGUAUUUUAUAUUUCUUCUGAACAUGAAUUGUCAUUUUAGAUUUUUGACAUUUGUAUCAAAAGAAAAGUUCAGGAGAUCCUCAGAACACCAGUAACUUUUAAUUUUGCUAUAGACUUCACAAGUGUUCAAUUACAUAUGUUCGAUAAAUGCUCUCACAAAUGCAGUACCUCUUCGCCAGCAAACUCAAGGGACCACAGCCUUUUUAUGUAGGAGCCAGGUCACCUCUAGAGAAUACCACAGAAUUUAAUAAAGGAAAUGCUACUAUGUUGAGGUAUGCUUAAAUAAGUAUUAAUAGUGUCCUUAUAAUUUGUUUCCUUUAGAUAAAUUUGGAAUUUGUGUAUAUUGAAUGACAGACUUUGGAGGAAGUGUGAAAAUUAGGAAAGUGUUGUGAGUUUUUUGUUGUCAUUUUGCAAGGUGGGGUGGCUCUUUGGAGACCUAGAAAGAGAUCUAAUGAUAAGAGUAAAGUUUCAUCAUCACAAGAAAUAAAAACCGUGGUGAUUUUUUUCUUUGUAGAGAUUGUUUUACUGGCAAUAAUUAAUAUUAGAUUUCUAUUUCAGUAUAUAAGUAUGUGAGUUACAGUAUGAAUUUACUCCCAAAAUUAGAUUUCUGCUUCAGUAGGUUUGUUUGCUGUGAAGAUUAUUACUUCUUAAAAGACAAAUGUUCAUAUUAGCUUAAUUUUUGGUUUAAAUAUGUUUGUAAAUGAUGUAAUAUAUUUCUUUUGACUAAAGAUAGAAAAAAAUGUGUGUUAUACACUGAAAGUUUUUAAAGGCUUUGACUGGAGGUGAUUUAUGCAGAGAAGGUAUUUUAUAUGCUUCCAGUACUUGGAAAAGAAGUAGUCAAAAGGAAUUCACAUAGUUAAAAUAUUGAGAAAUUAAUAUCCAAAUAAUGCACUUGUCUGAUUUCUUAAUAAGCUGGGGGAGGUGGGUGGGGUGGGAUUAUAAUGUGCAAAUGAGUAGCAAACUCUACAUUCAUUUUUCAAUUCUUCAACACAAAACUUAACACCUCGUUUCUUUAAAUAUAUGUAUAAAGAAGUAUUGUUUGUAAAGCUGCAGUUUGUUUUAAAAAAAAAAAAAACUGUCUGUGUAUUUUCUGUAUGUU